UCAAGUCGGUUCCCAUCUCCCUGAUUCCCAGAUGAUGAGGAUGGAAGGACCCAGCGCAUCCCUCAGCCCCAGCGCUGCCACGGCCCGGGAUACCGACUGCGAUGCUCAGGCAGCGGCUGUGGGGGGCGGCGGGGCAGCGCUGCACCCCCCGAUCCCGAUCCCGCCCCACCGCGCCCCCAUCCCACCCCCCACCACCCCCGAGCCCGGGAGGCGGGUCCAGCCCAACCGAACCCAGCCCAACCCAGCCGAGCCGUGCCGAACCCAGCCGAGCCGAGCCGGCGGGCGGGCGGGCGGUGAAGCGCGGUUGGCGGUGCAGGAGGCCGGGGCCAUGGCGCUGGACGGGAUCCGCAUGCCGGACGGCUGCUACGCCGAUGGGACGUGGGAGCUGAGCGUCCAUGUCACCGAUUUGAGCCGCGACGUCACCCUGCGGGUCACCGGCGAGAUCCACAUCGGCGGCGUCAUGCUGCGGCUCGUCGAGAAACUCGAUGUCAAGAAGGACUGGUCAGAUCAUGCACUGUGGUGGGAAAAGAAGAAAACUUGGCUCCUGAAAACACAUUGGACGUUGGACAAAUACGGGAUCCAGGCUGAUGCCAAGCUCCAGUUCACACCUCAGCACAAGCUGCUUCGCCUCCAGCUGCCCAACAUGAAGUAUGUCAAGGUGAAAGUCAACUUCUCAGACAGGGUCUUCAAGGCUGUUUCUGACAUCUGCAAAACGUUCAACAUCAGGCAUCCAGAAGAGCUCUCCCUUUUGAGGAAACCCAGAGAUCCAUCAAAGAAAAAAAAGAAGAAGUUGGAUGAUCAAUGUGAAGAUGAUGCCUUCGAGCUGGAGGGUCCCCUGAUCACCCCGGGGUCUGGCACCGAUAUUCUUUACAUCGGCCCCGUCAAAGGAAACAUCUAUUCAAGCCCUGGACUGUACAGCAAAACGAUGACACCAACCUAUGAUGCCCAUGAUGGCAGUCCCCUGUCACCCACCUCAGCCUGGUUUGGGGACAGUGCUUUGUCAGAGGGCAACCCAGGCAUCCUGGCUGUCAGCCAGCCCAUCACCUCCCCAGAGUCCUUAGCAAAAAUGUAUAAGCCACAGGCACUGCUGGAUAAAGCCAAAAUCAACCAAGGCUGGUUGGAUUCAUCCCGAUCUCUUAUGGAGCAGGAGGUGAAAGAAAACGAAGCUUUGCUGCUGCGGUUCAAGUACUACAGCUUUUUUGACCUGAAUCCAAAGUAUGAUGCCAUCAGGAUCAACCAGCUCUAUGAGCAGUCCAAGUGGGCUAUCCUGCUGGAGGAGAUCGAGUGCACGGAGGAGGAGAUGAUGAUGUUUGCAGCUCUGCAGUACCACAUCAACAAACUCUCCAUCAUGUCCUCGGAAAACCACCUGAACAACAGUGACAAGGACGUGGAUGAGGUGGAUGCGGCGCUCUCGGAUCUGGAGAUCACUUUGGAAGGGGGGAAAACGUCAACGAUCCUGGGUGACAUCACUUCCAUCCCAGAGCUCGCCGACUACAUUAAAGUCUUCAAGCCCAAGAAGCUGACAUUGAAAGGCUACAAACCCUACUGGUGCACCUUCAAAGAUACCUCCAUCUCCUGCUAUAAAAGCAAAGAGGAAUCCAAUGGGACUCCUGCACACCAGAUGAACCUGAGAGGCUGUGAAGUUACCCCUGAUGUGAACAUCUCUGGUCAGAAAUUUAACAUCAAACUCCUGAUCCCAGUGGCAGAGGGGAUGAAUGAGAUCUGGCUUCGUUGUGAUAAUGAGACCCAAUAUGCCAACUGGAUGGCUGCCUGCCGCUUGGCCUCCAAGGGCAAGACGAUGGCCGACAGCUCCUAUGGGAUGGAAGUGCAGAACAUCCUCUCCUUCCUGAAAAUGCAGCAUUUGAACCCAGACCCUCAGCUGAUCCCGGAACAGAUCAACACUGACAUAAACCCUGAGUGCUUGGUUUCUCCUCGUUACCUGAAAAAAUACAAGAACAAGCAGCCAGGCUAUGUAAGAGACUUGAUCACAGCACGCAUUCUGGAAGCCCACCAGAACGUGGCUCAGAUGAGUCUGAUCGAGGCGAAGAUGAGGUUUAUCCAAGCCUGGCAGUCGCUGCCCGAGUUCGGCAUCACGCAUUUCAUUGCAAGGUUCCAGGGGGGCAAAAAGGAGGAGCUGAUUGGCAUCGCCUACAACCGGCUGAUCCGGAUGGACGCCAGCACGGGUGAUGCUGUCAAAACCUGGAGGUUCAGCAACAUGAAGCAGUGGAAUGUGAACUGGGAGAUCAAAAUGGUGACAGUGGAGUUUGCAGACGACGUCCGAGUGUCCUUCAUCUGCACAGAGGUGGAUUGCAAAGUGGUGCACGAGUUCAUUGGGGGCUACAUCUUCCUGUCCACACGAGCCAAAGACCAGAAUGAGAGUUUAGAUGAAGAGAUGUUCUACAAACUGACGAGUGGGUGGGUGUGAGCCCCACCUCCUGUUACCCCCCAAUUCCCCCCCCAGAGGAAACCCCCGUGGCCAUAUUAAUAUUUAACUUUUAAA